CGUUCCGAAUGCCGCCCUCCGUCGUCGUCGUCGUCGUCACCACCGUGGCUUCCCCGUCAAGCCAUCGCUCGUGUCAGUCCCCACUCCAGAGGCUGUGGGAUCCUCGAGCCUCGUCCGCAUCUGUCGAAUCGUGCUGUCGAUGCCCGGCGUCCAAAUCUGCGACGAGAGUGACGAGGUGUGAAGGCGAUCGACCUAAGACUCGCGAGGAGGAAAACAAUACGCUUGGAAUUUCUUUGGGUAGUAUCUGCUCUUAGGUUGUGAGUCAAGAAAAUUAUCCGCAGGCUUGAAUCUCGAAGCUAAAGUCAUGGAUACGACAUCGUCUGCCUCAGACGGUGGUCCUGCCCUUAAGGCUCAGGAGGUUUCGGGCGAUGAACAAGUAGACUUCAAAUCCAUGAGCGACUCAGAAUGGCAAAAUCGGCUGACGAAGGAGCAGUUUUACGUCGCACGAAAGAAAGGAACCGAGAGGGCAUUCACUGGUGAGUAUUGGAAUACGAAGACCCCUGGAACGUAUACGUGCGCAUGCUGCGACACACCACUUUUCGACUCAUCUACCAAGUUUGAUAGCGGCACGGGCUGGCCUUCAUACUGGCAACCAAUUGGAAACAGUGUAAAAUCUGCAAGAGAUGUGUCCAAUCCGUUUAUGCCACGUACAGAGGUGCUGUGUGUCAAAUGUGAUGCACACCUUGGGCAUGUCUUCGAUGAUGGUCCUCAUCCUACCGGAGAACGUUACUGUAUCAAUAGUGCAUGUCUCAAGCUGAAACCAGAACAAACGUGAAGCCGGAUGUGAAGGCAGUCAGUGACUGCCUUUACAUCAGGUGUUGAUGGUUUCUUAUACCCUCGUAUGUCAGCUCGGACAGCAAUAGGUCGAAGCUGAACGUCCUCACUUAAGACAUUUGUGGAUGCCUCGGAUAUGGUAAAUGAGGACUAUAUUGAUUACUUGUUACACCGUGAACUCCUUGAAAUCCCUAGUGUUGUAAAUUAAAGUGUCACUUCCUUGCAUAUCCUAUAUAAUGUCUAUACGACGAUUGCAAGUUGUAAAAACUAACCUGGCGCAUAUUUCAUGCUCCAUGUUCACUGAAAUAGUAGUACAGUAUCAAAAUAUUCAAAAUGUUGAUUUGAAGACAACCUUAUAUAGACCGGAUGAC